AUGUCAGGCCGCGGUGACGAGGCCGGCCUGGGGGCCCGCCGCAUCACAACACAUCACGGCCGUCAGUGGCAGGCGGGAACAUCGUGCUCCCUGCUGUUUCUGUUUGAAGGGAAUCAAAAGUCUCACCCGUCCUGGAUUACGCUGCUACAGGACGCGUUCGCUAACACGCGGCUAAUUAGCACCAAACGACUUCAUGAGUUUUGUGGGUUUGAGUCAGACGGAAAGCACUGUUCUGUUUUACAUCCAUCGCUCACUCCUGCUGCUCUGACUGAUGACUCCACAGCAGGUUACCUUAGCUCAGGCAAACUCAGGACCCAGUGUGUAACCUUAAUCUUCAUACCGGGGGGGGGGGGGGGGGGGGGGGGGGGGGGGUUGGAGGGUGGGGGUGGUGUUGAGUCGGAGGCGGCGAGGCGUGUCCCCGUGGCCGCAGAGAGAGGGGGGCCACCUGCAGGAGCGCUGUGCUGCUCUGUCGUCACCUUCACUGAGGCUCACGAAGCAACAGCACUUUACGCUACGCUCUCACAGACUGGACUCGGGUCGCUGCAGGUCUGA